CCGCCAAGCCACGAACACGAGAGUCAGAGUCUGGUAAUCUGCAGUGCAGUGCAGUGGUAAAUUAAUAGACCCGAAUCACACUCAAGAGGGCAUCAUGGACGGCUUCAACCUAUGGCUCGCGGGCAUUUCAGACUCUUGACUCUGUGCGGUAGAGUCUGUCAGGACAGUGGAUGACUUCAGCGCCUGGUCGUUGAUGGUUGGGGACUGGAUUGUGUGUUCAGCAGCGCGCUUUCCGUCACUUCUGACUUUCUUCACUCCGCCUGUGCUGUGCAACGCUUGCAGUUGGAAUUGGUACACGAGCACCACAAUAGCUUCCCUCCAGGCCACUGAUUGUCUGUUGGCAGACACAGACAAUCACACCGGCCGUAUUGAUCAUCACGCCGUACUUAUCUGGGAAUCCUGGCCUAUUCCAAGCUCGUUGUCUCUUUCUUUCUUUCUUUCUUUCUUUCGUACAUUUUCUUCACUUCCUGCAGAGCCAACACGUACUGCGCUGCACUGCACUCUACCAACCCGAACCAAGGAACACCAACGCGGUCUGCGAUAUCAACAUUUUUCUCCGCUACUGCAAGUGCAGUCGCUGUGGGCCAGAGAAUCCGGCACGACCGCUACGAGUACCGCUACUUACCGAUUCCCAAGUGCACUGUUCGUUGAUCCACUCGCAAUCUCGAGUCUCAUCCACGCAGAUGAUCCAGACUGCCCUCUUAUCGGCUGGUGUCUUUCCAAAUACCCUCGCCCUCCACCCCUUACCAGGCCCAUACGAGUAAUACCACGGCUCUCUUGUCUCUCCCUUAUCCUGUUCAGGACACAUAUUUUUGCCGUGUGGCUAGUGUCUCCCCUUCGACACUAUCAAACGCCUCCUUCGAGCCAGCUUUCCGUGAAGGGUCAGGGCAAACCAACCCCCCUCCCUCACUCUCCUGGCUCCGGCCUUGCGCCUGUGCGAAUAGUCUCACCAUCCGCGCUCGAGGACCACUCAUUCCACCCUUGCAAAGGUCCCAGCUUGGCUGACUAGGAGCCGGAAAGUCAACCCAACUUUCGCCAGGUUCUAUCCACGCGCUUGCCCUCAUCGGUCUGAUAGCAGGCCAGACACCCUCAUCCUCUCCACCCUGCUUGCCUCACCUACUUCCCUCGAUCUCCGUCUAGCUCGCACAAUAUACACCCUGGGGCGCCGCACAUCUUUCACACUCGUUGUCCAACAAUCGUUCAAUUCGCUCAGGUGUCCGCCGUCAACGACAUUCGCUCGCCCAUCGACCGACUUGAUCUUGUUGUCGAGGUAGAUACAUCCUCCAACUGAUCAUUCGUAAGGAACUCUUCGAUCUCAUAAAUCGAGUCCUUGACUGAUUGGAAACACGCUCAGGCCCGCCGACCGAGCAACUCUUGCAUAUAUGAGUUGCCUCUGAUAUAUAUUUUAUAUAUAUAUAUCCUCACCCACAGUCACUCGCUCAACAGUAUCGUGUCCGCGCUUGAAAUCGUCGAGGGAUUUCUAGGAUCCAACGAGACAUCUUGCUGUCUCGCCGACCAAAAUCCUAAUCAAGAAGCAAGAACAACACCGUUCCCAUGGGUUUGGGAAGUUACUUCAAGGCGAAACAGCCUGCCCCUCCAGCAGCUGUGAUCAUGACAGAGAAGCCGGCGUCCUCGCCAUCACCUCAUAACAGCUUUAAUAUGGAGCUCCAACCGCCUCAAUCGAGGUUUGGCUCGUCGAGAAACUCGAUAUCGAAUCGAUCAACACAGAGUUCGACUUUCCUCGAUGAUAUCAAGCAUGAGGUCAUGGUAAACUACCUCUACCAACAGCAAUGUUCACAUCUCUGGGUCAGCGAUGGCAGUGGAGAGAUCGAAGGUGUUCUGCUCAGGAAGUCCAAGAACACUUACAUGGCGUGCCCGCCACAAUUGGGCAACUCUGCUUUUGCAUCUUCUUGUGCUGCUCUUAAUGUCCAAUGUGCAAUGACUGUCAACUCGAGAGUCAUCAAAACUUUCCUGCAAUGGUCCCCAGAUGCGGUUGACGUCCCUUUACUUAAUGGUCUCCGCAUCCAAAUUCUUCCUACGAUUGAGGAUCUUCCCCGGGCGAGAAAGCAUCAGUUCGCUGCCUUCGUUGCAUCAGAAGCCCUUCUAGUAGUUUGGGAUGACGAUGCGUUGCAUCUCGUUCAACGUGCGAAAUCGAUCGAGUCGGAAUUGAUGGAGCUUGUCUGGAAGAAUGGCCCCUCGGAAGGCGACGAUGGAGAAAAGAAGGAUCCCAACAUCGCCAUCUAUGAGAUUGAUGAGGAAAGCGGCGAGAUUGUCCCAGAGAAGCGUCCACUGCACUUGCAAAACACCGUCUUGGUCGCCCUGACCUUGAUCUUGGUCAUUACGUUCUUGGGAGCCGGUGCCAGGCAACUUGCCAUCGAAGUCGAAGUUGACGGCAGCUACAUUCGCCUUGCCCUUCUCGCCUUGACACCUGUGCAGGUCUUCUUCACUCUCUUCUUCUCCCAGGUCAUCAUGGGAUGUUUGGCUCAGCUGUUCGGUCCCGUCCGACAGAUGACCAUCAACUCCAAGUUCUACUCCGCUCGUGCUCCUCCUCGGAUUCAGUCCGCUACCCUUCCCCACAUCACCAUCCAGUGCCCAGUAUACAAGGAGGGCUUGAGCUCUGUCAUUGCGCCAACCGUCAAGUCCAUCAAGCAAGCCAUCUCCACUUACGAACUUCAAGGUGGAUCUGCCAACAUGUUCAUCAACGAUGAUGGUCUUCAAAUUAUUGAUGAGGAGGAACGUCGCGCCAGAAUCGAAUUUUAUGCGGAUCACAGCAUCGGAUGGACUGCCAGACCAAAGCAUGGAGACAACUUCACCAGACGAGGAAAAUUCAAGAAAGCUUCGAACAUGAACUUUGGCCUGCAUAUUUCGUGCAUGGUUGAGGAGAAGCUCGCCUUAAUUCAACGACCUGUCGACUGGACCCAAGCUGAUGAGGCUCAAGCCUACGAACGAUGCUUGAAGGAGGCUCUUGAGGACAAUGGACGUGCCUGGGCCGAUGGAAAUAUCCGUGUUGGAGAUUAUAUCUUGCUGAUUGACUCCGAUACCCGAGUCCCUCAAGACUGUCUCUUGGAUGCUUGCUCUGAAAUGGAACAAUCCCCUGAAGUCGGAAUCAUGCAAUUUUCAUCCGGUGUCAUGCAAGUUGUCAACACCUACUUCGAGAACGGUAUCACUUUCUUCACCAACCUCAUUUACACUGCUAUUCGAUACACCGUUGCCAACGGUGAUGUCGCUCCAUUCGUCGGCCACAACGCUAUUCUCCGCUGGUCAGCUAUCCAACAGGUUUCUUACGAAGACGAGGACGGAUAUGAAAAGUUCUGGUCUGAAUCUCACGUGUCUGAAGAUUUCGAUAUGUCUCUGCGUCUUCAGUGCAACGGCUACACUAUUCGGUUAGCUGCUUGGGCUGGUGAGGGAUUCAAGGAGGGCGUGUCUUUGACCGUUUACGAUGAAUUGGCUCGUUGGGAGAAAUAUGCCUAUGGUUGCAACGAGCUUCUGUUCCACCCUAUCCGCAAGUGGAUCUACAAGGGUCCAUUUACCCCUCUGUUCCGCACUUUCUUGUUCUCCAACAUCCGAUUCACCUCCAAGAUCACCAUCAUCUCUUACAUCGGAACCUACUACGCUAUCGGAGCCGCUUGGAUCAUGACAACUGUCAACUACUUCGCAAUCGGAUGGUUCAACGGUUACCUGGACAAAUACUACGUCGACUCCUGGAAAGUUUGGUUCUCUAUCAUCAUCGUCUUCAACGGCCUCGGGAACAUUGCUCUUGCAGUCAUGCGUUACCGUAUUGGCGAACGCAGUCUCCUGUUUGCUCUUUUCGAGAACUUCAAGUGGACUAUCAUGCUCGCCAUCUUCUUGGGUGGUCUGUCCCUCCACGUUUCACAAGCACUCCUCGCACACAUGUUCGAGAUCGACAUGACAUGGGGUGCCACCGCAAAGGAAGCCGAGUUCUCCAACUUCUUCAUCGAAGUUCCAAAGGUCUUGAAGAAGUUCAAGUUCUCAAUGGCCUUCUCUAUUCUCGGCAUUGCGGGUAUGAUCGUCCUCGCUGUCGGCAAAUCAUUCGUCCCAUAUGACUGGAUGAUUACCGAUUUCGUUGCCAUUCUACCAAUGGCCACUAUUACUGCAUCUCAUCUACUACUACCUCUGGCGCUCAACCCUGCGCUCAUGACGUUCUCAUGGUAGAUAUUUCCUUUUGUUCUUUGCAGUGGGCGUUAAGGUGGCAUGUAGAUUGGUUGGAAGAGAUGCGAACACAUAGUUGCUUUUGUCGAUGCACUUUUUUUUUUUUUCAGAAGCGGAGUAAAUGAAACGUUUAUAGAAUGGCAUUCCCUGGUUUGGGUUGUAUAUGAGGGCACCAAAUGGGUUUUCCCACCCUUUUUCACUAUUGGUAGUGUUGUAUGUAUGGGAGUGGCAUGGGAUGGGUGGAUGGAUGGGUGGAAUACCUAGGUAUGGAUUGGAUGAUAUGGGGCUAGGUAUAUGAGGGUUCAGAAGGGAGACAGACAAGAUGGGAGAGAUAAUUGGCUGGAUGGCUGGUUGAUGAUGAUCGUUCGUUUGUUCGUUCCUUUGAUGGCCUAAGCUACAUUUAAUUGUUAAUGCAAAUGAAAGAAAGAAAGAAGAAAAAUACAAAGCAUCUUUGCAUA